AUGGAAUUAGAGUCCUUGAAACUAUCAUCUAGUUUACCCUUGGACGACACAGAUCAACGCUUAUGUCCUUAUGCUUCAGCUUUAUGCCGCUGUCCAGUUCCAAAAGACUCAAACAAUCGAUCUGUUAGACCAUACAUAGUAUAUCCAGUAGAUGGAAAUAUUGUAGAUGCCGCUACACAACAACUCGAAUCAUUUGGGCCUCAAGCAGAGACCCGAUUAAAUCCCCAUAUAUCACUCAAUGGUUGGGGCGUUCUGUAUUGGGAAAUUCAUCUAACACAAGAUCAAGUGGCAGAACUUAGAGAAAAUCCUGAGGUUAUGGACGUAGAUACACCUCAGAUGCAUCAUACAGUACUAUGA